AUGGCCGCGGGGCGGGCGGUGCUGGCGCUCUGGGCCAUGGCGGCCGCGCUGUGCCGCCCGCAGCCCGCCCUGGCGGCAGAUGCCAAGUGGAAAACGAUAAGUGGCCACAUUAAGAAAGCUGUGGAAGCCUAUGAGCCGUGUGUAAAGGAAAAUUGCAGCUGCCACCAAAGUGUCUGGAAGCAGGACCUGGCUCCUUUUAGAGGUGGCAUUUCCAAGGAGACAAUGUCAGACGUGGUGAGCCGGAAGCUUGGGACCCACUACCAAAUAAUUAAAAACAAACUGUAUCGUGAGCAGGACUGCAUGUUCCCUGCAAGAUGCAGUGGAGUUGAGCACUUCAUUCUGGGGAUCAUCCACCGCCUCCCUGACAUGGAAAUGGUGAUCAAUGUGCGAGACUACCCCCAGGUUCCCAAGUGGAUGAAACCCAUUAUCCCAGUCUUCUCCUUCAGCAAGACAUCUGAAUACAAUGAUAUCAUGUAUCCUGCCUGGACAUUUUGGGAAGGAGGACCAGCUGUUUGGCCAAUUUACCCAACAGGUUUAGGGCGCUGGGAUCUCAUGAGAGAGGACCUCAGAAGAUCUGCAGAAAAAUGGCCAUGGAAGAAAAAAAUCUCUAGGGGAUAUUUCCGAGGAUCCAGAACAAGCCCUGAGAGAGAUCCCCUCAUCCUGCUGUCCCGAGAAAACCCAGAACUUGUUGACGCUGAGUACACUAAAAACCAGGCUUGGAAAUCUGAAAAGGAUACCUUAGGAAAGCCUCCUGCAAAGGAAAUUCCACUGGUUGAUCACUGCAAGUACAAGUACCUGUUUAAUUUCCGGGGAGUGGCGGCCAGUUUCCGCUUGAAACACCUUUUCCUGUGCGGCUCACUCGUCUUCCAUGUCGGAGAAGAGUGGUUGGAAUUCUUCUACCCCCAGCUGAAGCCUUGGGUCCACUACAUCCCAGUGCGGUCAGACCUCUCUGAUGUCAGGGAGCUCUUGCAGUUUGUAAAAGAAAAUGAUGCCAUAGCACAAGAAAUUUCAGAGAGGGGACGUCAGUUCAUCACUGAUCACCUGGAGAUGGAGGACAUCUCUUGCUACUGGGAGCAUCUGCUGUCUGAAUAUUCCCAAACCUUGACUUACAAAGUGAAAAGGAGGAAGAGCUACAGUGAGAUCACUUCUAGACAGCUGAAAACAGAACUGUAGAGAUUUCUCUGUUUUUCUCUUCAGCUCAGACUGAUCACUGUGGAAAUCUGAAGAUCAGUAUUAACUUAUUUCUUGCUCUCUCAGACUUGUCUUUCGCACUAGAACUACAGAGAACAGCAGUAGGCUGACUUGGACAUUGCUUCCAGGCAGUGGGAUAUUGUCACCACAAGAAUGUUAAACAGCAUGUUGGAUUGUGGCUAUUUAAUGGGGUGGUCAGUCAUGCCUAGAGGAGGGGUGUUAGUGUUUAGGACUUAGCAGUACCUGUCUCAGAAUGAUCCUAAAUCCCAUUCAGUCAAUGAGAAUCCUUACUGGAUUUUUUGCCAAAAGUCACGGGAAGGGACUGACUGUGAGCUGCACUCAGCUGGCAAAUACUUGCCCCUUUGUUUGGCAGAUGUUUGCUCAGAUGGGUGACAGCACUUAGGGUAUUAGGUGUUCUCUGACAGAAGCAGGUACUGGGAUUUGGGGUAACCUUUUUGGAUAGCUUAGAGUUGAUGUUUAUGUCUGUUGUUAGAGGUUGAUGGUAAAGCUUUGACAUGCUCUUGAAAGGAUAACUGAUUCUUGCAGAGUUACCCUACCUACCUCACAGGGGAGCAGCAUGUGGUGGUGAUGUGACCACCACCAGUGAUGUGCUUGGCAACUGAGGUGUUUCCUCCUCCAACAGAUGAGCUGUGUGCCUGCACAGCCCUGCACAACUGAGCCCCUGUUAAUUGUCUCUCACCAGCUGCCUGGCCAGACAUCCUGGGACCCUUAGGAACUCAGAGAAAGUAUUCAGAGAUAGAUUCAGCACUUCUUUUUCCCAAAAGGACAGAGUCUACUCUGAUCCCCUUCUGUAAUCUUUCUAGGAUUAUUCUGGGGGACUUUUGGUUUGAAGUUUUGGUGGUUUUUUUUGAGACUGGUAAUACAUCUGCUCACUUCAGUACUCACUUUUCUUCCCCACAGUGGUGCCACUUCUUUUCUCCUUCAGCCUGGCUGAGGGAAUGUCUUCAGUCACACAGUAGCAGCUACUGCUCACAUUACCCAUUUUAAAUUGGUCACAGGCUGCUUCUGCUUGCUGUGUUUAUGCCCACCACAGCCUCUCAGCUAAGGACUGCAAUUCCUGAAGUGCAGUGAGAGGAUGGGAGGGAGCAGCAUCUUACCUGGCAGCCAAACAGGAAGAGUGUGGAGUGGCAGAAGGGUCACGGGAGCCUCCCAGGGGAGCACCCUUGAUGGUAAAACAGCCUCAAGGCUGAGAGAGUAGCACAUUAUAGUGGAAGAGGAUGUUAGCAACAGGCCUGUCUACAGUCAGUGUGGAUCAAGGAAGAAGGAAAUUGCAUGGAACAGUAACAUUUUAAUGCAUAUAUGCCCUCACAGAAGGUACAGGGACACAGCAGCUGGCCCUUCUGGUCACGUGCUGGUUGCUGGGCCAGUGUGUUGCUUUUGGGACCAGUGCUGGGGUUAUCCCAUCCAGCAAAGGAAGCAGAAUGGGACAUUAAAGGAACCUGUUUUCCCAGGAAAACAGGUGGAAGGGGUUUUCUGGUUUUCAAUUUUUAGCCAAUGGAGAAACAGCACUCCAAGAAACUGAACAGCUCUGUAUAAUAUUUUCAAACCACUUGUAAUAAAGUGCUUUUUGGAAUAAAACAAAC